AUGGCUUUACAACAAAAAAUACACGCACAGCCCAAGCGGGAAAGACCGGAAACCGAUUAUGAGCAAUGGAUGAGGGAGCAUGAUGAGAGCUAUGAACUCUCCGAAGAACCACAGUAUGGUCCAAGUUUACAGCAGCCUCCAGCGAUGCCCGAUUCUUCGAGUGGAAGGGACAAGUCCGUUGAAGACCACUCGCACGGAUCUCAUUAUGGUACUAUUGUCACUUCACCAGCCAUGCAUUCAUCCUCACCAUCCCUAUCGCCUGCUCACUAUACUGGCCAUAAAGCUGCAACAUUAGGCCAGUAUUAG